AUGCCUCCUGAGAGUGACAGACACCGAACUGGACUCAGCCAAAAGUUACUAAAAUAUGGCUCCCAUCCGGCGCGUCCCAAGCUCCGUUUUUGCGUCAUUUCGUCCUUACCCGGAAUUGUGAUGCUUCAUCCUUGCCUCAUCGCGUCUCGUCUCUUUCAGUCUUUUCCCGCCAUCAAUUCAUCUCUCCAUUCAACGCCCCCUCCUUUCAGACAAUCUGACAUAUUUGCAGAUGCUCACGUUUACGAAGUUUUUGUCCGUGCCCUCAGAUUCACGCCUCCACGAGCUCCCCUACCUGCCCAACCCAUGCUUGUAUGA